AACCCUAAUUUCUGAGCGGGAGCGGAAGAGAAGCCCCAAUUUUUUUGUCUUUCUAAACACUCGAACAUGGCGAAUUUGGAUUUGGAGCAGCAUUCAUCCGAAAACGAAGAGAUUAAGAAGAAGAAGAGUAAAAAAAGAGCGAGAGACGAAGCUAAGAAACUAGAGCAGCCCGAGCAUGAAGAUGUUGAUGCCGAAGAGAACAAACCGUUAAUUGACGAAGAAUCGAAGAAGAAGAAGAAGAAGAAGAAGAAGCUAAAGCAGUGUGGAGAUAGUAAUGACGAAGAGAACGAAGCGAUAACAGAAGAAGAGCCGAAGAAGAAGAAGAAACAGAGGAAGGACAAGGAAGUGAAGUCUGAAGAAGAAGAAAAGGAAGAAAACAAAGUGGAGGAAACAAGUAUAAUGACUAAUGAAACAUUUGAGUCAUUGUCAUUAUCUGAUAACACUUAUAAAUCUAUCAAGGAGAUGGGUUUUGCACGCAUGACUCAGAUACAAGCAAAAGCAAUUCCACCAUUGAUGAUGGGAAAAGAUGUACUUGGAGCUGCCAGGACCGGUUCUGGUAAAACUUUAGCUUUUCUUAUUCCUGCUGCAGAGCUUUUAUACCAUGUUCGUUUUACUCCUCGCAAUGGAACUGGUGUUAUCGUCAUUUGCCCAACAAGAGAGCUUGCUAUUCAGUCUUAUGGAGUAGCAAAAGAACUUCUUAAGUAUCAUUCACAGACUGUGGGAAAAGUUAUUGGCGGUGAGAACAGAAAGAAAGAAGCUGAGAUUCUUGCGAAAGGUGUUAAUUUAUUAGUAGCAACCCCUGGAAGACUUCUCGACCACCUUGAGAAUACAAAUGGUUUUGUAUUCAAGAACUUGAAGCUUCUUGUAAUGGAUGAGGCUGAUAGGAUAUUGGAACAGAACUUUGAAGAGGACCUGAAGAAGAUUAUUAAGCUUCUACCAAAGACUAGACAGACGUCACUGUUUUCCGCCACACAGAGCGCAAAGGUUGAGGAUCUUGCUCGGGUGUCACUUGCCUCACCUGUUUAUAUCGAUGUGGAUGAAGGACGAAAAACGGUUACAAAUGAAGGCUUGGAGCAAGGUUAUUGCGUUGUGCCAAGUGGGAUGCGGUUAUUAUUUUUACUUACUUUCUUGAAGAGAUUCCAUGGGAAAAAGAAAAUCAUGGUGUUUUUCUCUACAUGCAAAUCGACAAAGUUCCACGCCGAACUCUUUCGAUAUAUCAAAUUAGAUUGCCUUGAAAUCCGUGGAGGGAUAGACCAGAGCAAAAGAACUUCAACAUUAUUCCAAUUCAUCAAGGCGGAAACCGGUAUUUUGUUGUGUACUAAUGUUGCUGCCCGAGGUCUUGAUUUUCCUCAUGUGGACUGGAUUGUGCAAUAUGAUCCUCCAGAUAACCCAACGGAAUAUAUUCAUAGAGUUGGUAGAACAGCUCGUGGAGAAGGAGCAAAAGGAAAGGCUCUGCUUGUCCUUACUCCAGAGGAGUUACAGUUUAUUCAGUAUCUCAAGGCGGCGAAAAUUCCUGUUGAGGAACAUGAAUUUGAAGAAGGGAAAUUGCUCGACGUGAAAUCUUUUCUGGAGGAUUUGAUAUCUAAAAACUAUGCAUUAAACGAGUCAGCAAAAGAAGCAUACAAGACUUACAUUUCAGGAUAUGAUUCUCACUCUAUGAAAGAUGUCUUUAAUGUUCACCGACUCGAUCUCAAGGAGGUUGCGGCUUCGUUCGGUUUCUCAGAUCCUCCCAAAGUUGCUCUGAAGACAGAUCGAGGAGGGUACAAGAGUAAGAGAGAACCGGUUAAUAAGUUUAACAGAGGUCGUGGUGGUAGACGCGGCGGUAAAAGCAAGUUCGAGAGGUACUAAAAGCACCAAGACUAAAAAAUACAGUUGCACAAGAACCAAGACAACGUCAUGGUACAAGCCUUUUAACGAAUGUUGUAUCUUAUUUUUGUGUUCAAUUACUAUUGUUUUGUCUUAAGCUGUCUCGAGAUAUCAGAUAAGAGAGACCAGUUUUGUCCUCGUUACUUAGAAAUAUUGAUCAUUUUUUUUUGCGAAUAAACUUCGACUUAUAUA